GCGUCUGGCACGGUACCCAGCUACGGCAAGAGAUCUCUAAGCAUAGUAGUGAGGUGCAACUGAUUAAUUGGUUACUUCAAAACGACGACAAACAAGCGGCAGCAAACCUCUCAACUUCAUCAAGGUGUGCAGAGAGGCCGUGUUCUCAAUUCUUGGGAGGAGGAGGCAAAGAGCUCCAGCAUCUUGAACACCCAGAGAAGCUGGGCAAUCAUCAAGAUGUCACAGACAGUCGGCCUGACCCGGCUCGCCUACUCGCGCGCAUGGCACCACAUCUCCGCCUCGGCGCCUCACCAAGUCCUCAGCACCGUCAAGUCGCCGCCCGAGGCCGUGACGCCCCCUUCGCUGGGCCGCCUGGCCUCGCGUAUCGCCACGAUCCUGAUGGGCAAGCACAAGCCGAUCUGGGAUCCUUCGACAGACUGCGGUGACUACGUGGUUGUGACCAAUUGCGCGGCCCUGUACACGACGGGCAUGAAGAAGUACCGCAAGACCUACUACCGGCACAACACGAGGCCCGGCUCGCUCAAGUCGGUCACCAUGGACGUCCUGAUGGACAAGUUUGGCGGCUCUGAGGUCCUGAGGAAGGCCGUCAGCGGAAUGCUGCCUAAGAAUAGACUCAGGGACAAGAGGCUGGCCAGGCUUAAGGCGUUUGAGGGAGAGGCACACCCGUACAAGAGGAACAUAGUGAGGUUUGGUGACAAGACUGUCGGCAGGCCUGGGUGGGAGGAGGCUGUUAAGGCCAUUCGCGCUGCUGAUAUGAACAGGUUAUAAGAGACUUGGUUGGGUUCGGGGGCCUGGCUGACUGGAUAAACGUCGGGUCCCAAGGCUUGACAUCUGGCAAAAACCGUUGAGCCCGGAUAUGUAUCAUACCCUGUUGCUUUAUAUGACAUAAAUUGUAUUCUAUCUACGAAAUAUUGAGGUCCACAUAGGCGGUUUCCACGAUGGUAGCUGUUGGCAAGAAGCUGACCUCUGGAGCAAUAUCCUUCCAUUCUACGACACAGGGGCUUACUCGACUAAGCCGAUUUGAAGGCAGAUUAAAAACAGCUGGCUUUCAGCACAAAGGUCAC